AUGUUGAACAUUGGAAUAGUUGGUACUGGUAUUUUUGCAAGGGAUAAACAUCUCCCUGUCCUAAAAGAGCUUUCGGACAAGUUUAAGGCUACUGCGGCUUACAACAGAACAAAGUCUAAAGCCAUUGACUUUGCAAAUGAAGCGGGAAUUGCGGAAGAAAAGGUUUACAGCCGUUAUGAAGACUUGAUAAAUGAUGAGGAUAUCGAUUGUAUCGAUAUGCUGGUUCCAGCCCAGUAUAAUGCUGAAUUGGUGAAAAUGGCUGUUGAUGUAGGAAAGCCAAUGAUAUUUGAAAAGCCAAUUGCUGCUCAGCUUGACCAAGCCAGGGAGAUUGUCAAAAUCACGGACAACACUAGUGUUCCAAUUGCAGUUGCUGAGAACUGGCUAUUCUUAAAGACUGCUGACGCGGUGAGAAGCAAGCUGGAGCGCAUUGGUGAAGUGGCAGGAUUCACGUAUAAUUCCACUGGUCCUUUUGUUACGAGCAGUAAAUACUUGUCUACUGGUUGGAGACGUAAUCCUGAACAUAUCGGAGGGUACCUCUCUGAUGGUGGUGUUCACCAGCUAGCUCUACUAACUGGUGUUUUAGGUGAAGUCGAUAGUGUCUCUGCUUUAACUAGGCAGCUCCGUCAAGAAUCCGGCGAUGACGACAUUGUAUUCUCUACGAUCAAACUAAAGUCUGGAGCUAUAGGAACUUAUACGUACGGAUCCGCUUUUGGAUCCACCAACAAAUGGGUCUUCAUGAAGAUUUACGGUACCAAUGGUAGCAUAACUGUAGAUUUAUCCAAACGAGGCAACGUGAGUUUGAAACUUACGGUCGGUGACUGUGCUGAGGCCGCUGCAGAAGAAGAAGAAUUCACGAUUGAAGAGGAUAGCUCAUACGGUGUGAAGGAAGAAUUUGAGAAUUUCUACGAAGCUGUCACGAAGAAGGACAAGUCUAUCAUUAAGGGCACCCCAAGAACUACUUUCCACCACUUAGCUGUUGUUUCUGCGUUACUGAAUUCAGCAUCUCAGAACGGUAGCAGUGUCGAGGUCGAAAUGCCAUAG